AUGUCUAUAUUUAGGCUGCAGAGCUAUAUAUAUCCAAUUCAAUUUCUUUCCUCUAGCAAUUUCAGGGAGAUUAGAAGUUUGAGUUGGUCGCAUAAUUUGGCAUCAGUAGGAUUUAUAAAUCUGCCCUUUCCAGAUUUUGACUUCUCAGCAAACAAUCAAUACAUUGCAUCUGCCUCAAUUGAUAAGACAGUGCGAUUAUGGGAUAUCUCAAAAGGGCUUUGCAUAAGGGUGAUUUAUGGAGUAUCUUCGCAAUUCUGUAUUCGCUUUCAUCCUGUAAUGGUUACUAUGGACUCGCGUAGUGGUGCCCUAGGCCUCUCUCGUUCUCACCGCCGUCGAAGUAAAGCCAAGCACCCAUCUCCAAUCACUACUGUCCAGUACACAACUUUUUCUUUGCUCGCGCGUGGUCCAGUGUUGCUCACUUUUUCUCGAGAUGGAAGUUUGUCUUUCUUCAGUGUUUCAGGCUAUUUGACUGUUCGUUGCGCUCUCAAAUUGACGCCACGUCUGCACAGCAUCCGCGCCUCCUUCUGCCCUUUGCUUUCUCUCGAGAAAGGAGAGUACAUAGUUGCUGGGAGUGAGGACACAAAUGUCUACUUCUACGACUUAACACGGCCGAAGCAUGCAUGUGUCAACAAACUGCAGGGUCAUGCCUACCCAGUAAUAGGCAUUGCUUGGAACCAUGGAGAGAACUAGGGGUGGCACGGUACGAUAUACCUUAUUAAAUCGACCAUACCUUAUACUUUACCUUUACCUCCGGUAUGGAGAAAAUUCAUAUCUUUACCUUACCUUUACCUACGGUAUACCUUAAGUACGGUAUGGAGAAUAUACAAAACCUUUACCGUACCUUUAUUUCGGUAUACCUUACCGAAUUUCGGUAUACCGUACUUUCACGGUAUACCGCACUUUAACGGUAUACCAAAAUAAUCGGUAUUAUCAAAAUCGAAAAAAUUCAAUUGGUAUACCGUACUUUAUAUUCGCAUACUUGUAUGCAUUCAUGUAAUAUAUAAUAAAUUAUAUAAAUGUUAUAAGUUACAUAUAAUUUAUAUGUUAGAAGUAAUAUUAUUUAUAAUAUAAUACUAAUAUUAUAACUAUGCUAUUAUAUAUGUAACUAUUAUAAGUUAGAUGUAUAAUUUAUUGUAAAACAAUAAUUUUAGUUAUAUAUUAUAACUAUAUUAUAAUAUCAAAAUAAAUAAUUUUAUUUUAUUGUAUAACUUAUACUAUAUACUAUAUUUUAUUUGUUUUUGUAUCAUUUGAUGAUAUUUAUAAAUUUAUAAGUUAAAUAGUAUAUACUAUAUACUAUAUAGAUGUUAUAAGUUAUAUGAGAUUUAUAAGUUAGAUGUAAUCUAAGUUAUAAUAUAAUAUCAAUAUUAAUUAUAGCUAUGCUAUUAUAUACAUAGAUGUUACACGUCAGAUGUAUAAUUUAUUGUAGAACAAUAAUCUUAGUUAUAUAAUAUAGAAUAUUAUAUUAUAACUGUACAAUAAUCUUAGUUAUAUAAUAUAGAAUAUUAUAUUAUAACUGUGUUAUGAUAUCAAUAUAAAUAAUUCAGUUAUAUUAAAUUAUAUAACUUACAUACUAUAUUAUAUUUUAUAUCAUUUGAUGAUAUUUAUAUUCGCAUACUUGUAUGCAUUCAUGUAAUAUAUAGUAAAUUAUAUAGAUGUUAUAAGUUACAUAUAAUUUAUAUGUUAGACGUAAUAUUAUUUAUAAUAUAAUACUAAUAUUAUAACUAUGCUAUUAUAUAUGUAACUAUUAUAAGUUAGAUGUAUAAUCUAUUGUAAAACAAUAAUUUUAGUUAUAUAUUAUAACUAUACUAUAAUAUCAAAAUAAACAAUUUUAUUUUAUUGUAUGACUUAUACUAUAUACUAUAUUUUAUUUAUUUUUGUAUCAUUUGAUGAUAUUUAUAAAUUCAUGUACAAUUGUAUAUAUUCACAUAAUAUAGAUUAUAUACAUCAUUUUAUAAAAUUUAUAAAUAUUUUUAAAAAUAUAGACAUAAAAAUAAAUAUUAUAUAUUUUAAAACUAUAGAUUUUGAUAUGAUAUAUACCGCGAUUUUCGGUAUACCAAUAUAUACGGACAACUGCGGUAUAUCAGAAUAAGGUAUUGUACCUUAUUACCGGUAUAUACCGAAUAUUAAGGUAUACCAAAAUAAGGUAUGAUACCGCAUCACCGGUAUAUGCAGUAAUAUUCGGUAUACCAGUAAUACGGUAUCAUACCGUAUUCUGGUAUAUACCUUUAAUAUGAUAUUUAUUGAUUUUUUCGGUAUAUACCGCGGUAUCGGUAUACACCGGUAUACCCCGGUAUUUGAAAAAUCCAUACUUUUACCUUACCGUAAAUCUUCGGUACGGUAUCAUACCUUACCAAAAAAACCGGUAUACCUUAAAUUCGGUAUUUUGCGGUAUUUUACGGUACGGUAUGGCCGGUAUACCGAGUUUUCGGUAUAUUUUUCCAGCCCUAGAGAGAACUUAUUGGCUUCUUCCGAUUUCGGCGGCACCGUUAUCGUAUGGAAGAGAGAGAAAACACACUGAAAACAGUAGUAAGUAAUUUCAUGGAUGAAUCUUUGCUUGCUGGAGUGGCAUGAUUCCUGUUCUUCGUUACUGCCAGAAAAGACGGUAUGAUAUUGAUACGCGACGAGAACGAUGACAAUGUCGUCUGUUUGACCAGAGCGUGAUGCUGCUGUACACUAUACCAAAGUUUUUUCAGGGAAAGAAACACAAUGAAGAUUGUAGAACGAUUUGUUUGAACGUCGAUUUGAAAUAAUAAAAUAAGCUUCUCAAAGCAGCUUAUAAGUUGUUUGAGAGUUUAUAAGCUCUUUCAAA